AUGCAAAGACAAUACAGCAACAACCAAAAGAUACUUCUGGUCGGAGAAGGAGAUUUCUCUUUCUCUCUAUCUUUAGCUAGAUCCUUUGGUUCUGCAAGAAACCUUACUGCGACCUCUCUCGAUACUCGAGAGGAGGUAGAGCGUAAGUAUAUGAAUGGGAAAGCUAGCGUAGAAGAGUUGGAGAGACUAGGCUGCAACGUGGUCCAUGGAGUUAACGUGCACUCGAUGACCAAUGAUUUUAGGCUUUUUGGACGUUAUGAUAGAAGAAUCAUUUAUAAUUUCCCUCAUUCAGGGUUUGGUUUUCGCCAAGAGCACGAGGGAUACUACAUCACUUUACACCAAGCACUGGUGAAAGGGUUUUUGAAGAGCGCGAGAGAGAUGGUGAAAGAGGAAGGUGGAGAGAUCCAUGUGACUCAUAAGACGACUCAUCCAUAUAGCGAGUGGAAGAUAGAAACUCUGGCUGAGGACGAGGGUUUGUUUCUGAUGCGGCAAAUGGAAUUUAACAUAUCGAAGUUUCCUGGUUACUCAAAUAAGAAAGGAAGUGGGAAUUGCUGUGACGCUAGCUUCCCGAUCGGAAAAUCUUCUACGUUCAUGUUAAAACGGAAUUAUUAA